GACCAGCAGGGGUCAGUGGCGGUGAGCUCGCCCAGAAAACCGCACUUCACCCGGAAGAGGAGGACCGAGGGAAGCGACGGUAGAGAAAUUGUUGUGGACUGUCCGCAGAAGUCCUCAGAAUAUCUUUCGUUAUUUAGAUAAUCCAGCGAGCUACAAACCAACUCCCACCCGAGGUACAUUUGCAGGAGCAUUUCGCCUCGUCGUGCACACGUUAGAGAUGUCGGUCGUGCCUCCCAGUCGCUCGUCCACCGGCUGGCCGCGCGGUGGUGCCGUUCAGUUUGGGAACAAAUACAUCACCGGGCCUGCUAAACCGCUCACCCUGGAGAGGACCAUCAACCUAUACCCUCUUACCAACUACACGUUCGGCACCAAGGAGCCUCUGUAUGAGAAGGACAGCUCCGUGGCCGCCCGCUUCCAGCGGAUGCGGGAAGAGUUUGAUAAAAUGGGAAUGCGGAGGACAGUGGAGGGUGUUCUCAUUGUCCAUGAACACAGGCUACCUCAUGUGUUACUUCUGCAGCUGGGCACCACUUUCUUCAAACUGCCUGGCGGAGAGUUGAGUCCUGGAGAAGAUGAGGUGGAGGGUCUGAAACGCCUGAUGACUGAGAUCCUCGGACGGCAGGACGGCGUGAAGCAGGACUGGGUGAUUGACGACUGUAUCGGCAACUGGUGGCGCCCCAACUUUGAGCCUCCACAGUAUCCCUAUAUUCCAGCUCACAUCACCAAACCUAAGGAGCAUAAGAAGCUAUUCCUGGUUCAGUUGCAGGAAAAAGCGCUGUUUGCUGUCCCCAAGAACUAUAAACUGGUGGCAGCACCGUUGUUUGAACUAUAUGACAACGCUCCUGGAUAUGGACCAAUCAUUUCCAGUCUACCACAGCUAUUGAGCAGGUAUUGUGUUCAACUUCAUUUACAACUAACUUGAGUGAACAGAAGUGCGUCUGGCUGUCUCUGUGAGUGCAGCCCUGUCUGAGUGAACAUGAGAGAAAAAUACUUCUUAUCUUUAGCUCAACUUUCACAAAAGAAAAGCGUGUCAUGUCAGGUAUAUUGACAGUUCACAGGGGUGUUUAUACUGUUAGACGAAAAAGAAAAUGUCAUGUGUCUGGGUUUUUUUUUUUUUAUCUUGAGAAACUGCUAGUUUUGUAGUAUGGAAGUCUGUAAUCCAGUGUGCUAAGAUGAUUUUAUGUCCUCUCAGAGCAGGCCAAUGUUUGAUUAAACAAACCACAUCAUUGAGUUGCCUGUUGUUUUAACCUGUAACAAUGCUGUUUUUUUUCCUUUUUAAUAAAACAGUCCUUUGAGUAUGUUUUUAUAAAGUUCAAAGAGCAAGUGAGUGGCUGACUGAUACUUAGUAAAUUUAAAGCUCUUUGGGAAGUGAUUGCUAAUAUCAAAAUGGCCUAAAAAAAAGUACUUUUGUUCUGUGUGUAGACAGCAGUAUCAGAAAUAUUUCUGAUGACAAAAAAAAUCAAAUGCUGCUGUUUUAUAUGGUCACUUGUUUUAUGUUUUUAUUUCUUGUCGGAGAUGGUUGUACAUUUGCCAAAAAAAAGGCAUGUACCCUAAUCAUAUCUAAACAUGGUGGUCAAGUAUCCAGAGUAUAUGCAAGUGUGUGCAGCCUGUACCUCCAGGCACAAGAAUUGGUCCUGUAACUGACUUACUUUGCCUAAGUUUACCUCAUAGGCAGCUGAAUACCCAAUAAAAGCUUCAGCUGUCACUUUAUCAUGUCUAGGUUAAGGUUAGAUGUGUGCUGUGUUGCAAUCGCAUACUAAGGACUGAGUCAAAUAUAGUUUUGAGUACAUUCACAAUGGAAAAGUAACAAAAUAAUACUGGCAUUGUGUAUAUUUCACUCAUUUUUAGAAUUGUGUGAAUGGACACCGUUCUCCUUUACUGCAACACAGAAUUCAAGUCAGACUGCAAUACAUGCUGAUGUGCUGAGGAAAAUUUAAUUGUAGAAGAAUGCAUUGCUCAAAUUGUUGUAUGAGGACUGAAACAGCAUUUUGUCAAAUCACGUUACCUCGAGGCAGAGGCGAGGGUCAAAUUUUUUAUUUAGGUUAAUAAAAUUGACUGUUUGCUCA